AUGAAUGUUUCCACUUCUGCAGGUAAUGAGCCGUACAGCCAAGCCAGCCACUCUGCAAACAGCACGGGCGUGGGACAUGGGAAGAAUUCCACCCUUCACAACGAAUUUGACACCAUCAUCCUGCCCGUGCUCUACCUGGUUAUAUUUGUGGCAAGCAUCCUGCUGAACGGUCUGGCUGUGUGGAUCUUCUUCCACAUUAGGAAUAAAACCAGCUUCAUAUUUUAUCUCAAAAACAUAGUGGUGGCUGACCUCAUAAUGACACUGACAUUCCCAUUCCGCAUAGUCCGUGAUGCAGGGUUUGGACCUUGGUACUUCGAGUUUAUCCUCUGCAGAUACACCUCAGUUUUGUUCUAUGCAAACAUGUAUACGUCCAUCGUGUUCCUUGGACUGAUCAGUGUCGAUCGCUAUCUGAAGGUGGUAAAGCCUUUUGGUGACUCUCGCAUGUACAGCAUAACCUUCACCAAAGUUUUAUCAAUUUGUGUUUGGGUGAUCAUGGCUGUUCUGUCCUUGCCAAACAUCAUCCUAACGAAUGGUCAACCAACUAAGGAAAAUAUUCAUGACUGCAUGAAACUCAAAAGUCCUUUGGGAGCCAAGUGGCAUAUGGCUGUCACCUAUGUUGACAGCUGUUUGUUUGUGGCAGUGCUGGUGAUUCUGAUUGGAUGCUACAUAGCAAUAUCCAGGUACAUCCACAAAUCCAGCAGGCAAUUCAUAAGUCAGUCGAGCCGAAAGCGAAAGCAUAACCAGAGCAUCCGAGUGGUCGUGGCUGUGUUUUUUACCUGUUUCCUCCCAUAUCACUUGUGCAGAAUCCCCUUUACCUUUAGUCACUUGGACAGGCUGUUAGAUGAAUCAGCACACAAGAUUCUCUAUUAUUGCAAAGAAAUGACACUUUUCUUGUCUGCAUGCAAUGUGUGCCUGGACCCAAUAAUUUACUUUUUCAUGUGUAGGUCAUUUUCCAGGAGGUUAUUCAAGAAAUCAAACAUAAGAACAAGGAGUGAGAGCAUCCGAUCACUGCAGAGUGUGCGGAGAUCAGAAGUGCGCAUUUAUUAUGACUACACUGAUGUGUAGGGACCAGAGGCUAGGUGGCCUUCUCUUAUUGGAAUCAAUAUGUAAAAAGUGUGAAUAAAUGUUUCUUUUUAUUACCCUGGCUGAAGCCCAUCAAACCCACAGAUUCUUUUUCUAAGCAUAAAAAUGGCAAGAUAUUGAGGCCUAAUUUGGAACAAAGAAAAACAUUAAUGGAAAAAAAUGCGGGUUGAAUUGGAGAUGGAAGAGCUCAAGGAGCAAACUGAUGAGCAGAC